AUGUGUUGGUUUUCCCAGGACUUCUACUGUUGGUGCGGCCACUACUACAUCCACAGAGCACCCUGCGCCAUCCCUAUUUGCGUGUUUGCAGGCGGUGCUCCAAUCCGCUUCUCUAUCGAAUAUGAGUGCCCAGCCUGCAUGGGUCACCCCGUUCAACCCACUCCUCCCCCGUCCCCGGCCGCCACAGCCAGUAGCCGCUUUUUCGCCCCUCACGAUGCCCUCGGCGAGCAAACCGGCACCCGCGCACGCCGCCGAACCCUGUUAGUCAACACGUCGGACCAUUACAGCCACCCACAACAACCAACGUAUUCACUAUAUAGCCCGAUAACAUUCAGACCCGAGCUCGUCCACGUUGUCCGCGUUGCUGAGCUGCCCGAGAAUAGCGCCGAGUGUGCAAUAUGUGGCGGCCCGCUCUCCGACUGUGCCUUCGACCCCGACGCCUGGGACAAAGCGAGUUUCCCGUCCACCUUCCUUGCGACCAUCGACACAUCUUCGGAGUCUCCUGUAUCCUACGCCGGUUGAAUGAUAACAGCACAUGUCCGGUGUGCCGGUGUGAGUUCAAUAUAGACCGGGAGACGGGUGGCCCUUGGGAGACUAGCGAGGAGCGCGCUCGCCGUAUCGCUGAUCGGCCGAGGUCUGAGGUGAGGAUCGUUGAUGAGGAGUUGCAGUUUGCGGAUUGGAGUGACAGCUCCAUACCCGGGGGUCUCGAUGGUGAGGCACAAGACGGUGGGGUUGCUGGGGUGAGAGAUAACAUCGCAACAGAACGAAGGAGAGCAAUUGAACUUGAAGUCGACGAAUUGAUUCGAGAGGAAUCAAGAAAUAGUAACUUAACUUGGUGAAUCAGGUAGGCAAAGCCCUGUUCGAUAACUUUAUCCCCUUUCGUCCCAAGAUUUGUCUCAGGUAGGCAACCUUUAUUUGAUAUCUUUAUCCUUUACCCUUGAAGUUUCGUCUCGGUUCGGUAGAUUAACAAACGGACAUAACUACGAAACGCCAAGGAAGCUACGAGAUACAGUUUAUAG